AUGACGUCAUUUUCCGGCAGGUUUUUCUCAAGAAUUUUGGUGAAUGCUUUUCUGUUUGUGAUUUUCACUGGUUGCGUUUUCUCUGCGACUGAAUUUGAUUUUGGAACACUAACACUGACGAGCUUGAAGAUACUCGGAGACGCCCACUGGAACAAUGGGAGUGUGCGGCUUACGCGUGAUCUGGCCGUUCCGAAUUCCGGUGCUGGAAUGAUUCUUUACUCCAAACCCAUCGGGUUCCGGCAGCCAGGGACAGAGAAUCUGGCGAGCUUCUCUACAUUCUUCUCAUUCUCAGUGAUGAAUUUGAAUCCGUCCUCCAUUGGCGGCGGUUUGGCUUUUGUGAUUUCGCCGGACGACCAGACAGUGGGCGACGCCGGUGGGUUUUUGGGUGUCAUGGACUCGAAGGGGGUCCGAAACGGCGUCGUGGCGGUGGAGUUUGAUACCUCAAUGGACGUUGAAUUCAAGGAUAUUAACGGGAAUCACGUGGGGUUGGAUCUGAACUCAAUGGUUUCAAACCCGGUGGCUGAUUUAGAGACCAUCGGCGUCGAUCUCAAGAGCGGUGUCCUGGUCAACUCGUGGGUCGACUACUCCGGGUCUACUCAGGGUAGCACAGAGAUUCACAGCAUUGAUUGGUGGAGUUUCAGUUCGUCCUUCGAAGAAAAUCCCAAUUCCAAUUCGGUGGUGGCUCCGGAGACACCACCUCCGCCGCCAUCCACUACUCUAAUAAACCCGUCGGCGAACACAGCGAACCCGCCGCCACCUGCUUUAGCACCUGCUGCUAAUAGUACGACGUCGUAUGAGAGCAAAACUAGCGGGAAGUGUCACUCGCAGUUGUGCAAAGGUCCCGGGGCUGUUGUUGGGGUGGUAACCGCCGGCGCAUUUUUUCUGGCAUUUUGCACUUUGAUAGUAAUGUGGGCAUACAACAAAAAAUUCAAGCGGGUGAAAAAAUCUGAUACUUUGGCUUCCGAUGUGAUCAAAAUGCCCAAAGAAUUUAGCUACAGGGAGCUAAAAUUUGCCACUAGAGGGUUCGAUUCAAUCCAAAUUAUUGGUUAUGGUGCAUUUGGUACAGUUUAUAAGGGGAUAUUGCCGGCCACCGGUGAUAUAGUGGCGGUGAAGAGGUGUAGUCAUAACGGACAGGGGAAGACGGAGUUUUUAUCCGAAUUGUCCAUAAUUGGAUCUCUUAGGCAUAGAAAUCUUGUUAGGCUACAAGGUUGGUGCCAUGAGAAAGGUGAAAUUUUGUUAGUUUAUGAUUUGAUGCCUAAUGGAAGUCUUGAUAAGGCAUUAUUCGAGUCGAGGAUGAUCUUGUCGUGGCCUCAUCGGAGGAAAAUUUUGCUCGGGGUGGCAUCUGCCUUGGCUUAUUUGCAUCAAGAAUGUGAAAAUCAAGUGAUUCAUAGAGAUAUUAAGACUAGUAACAUUAUGUUGGAUGAAGGGUUCAAUGCAAGAUUAGGUGAUUUCGGAUUGGCCAGGCAAACUGAGCAUGACAAAUCCCCUGAUGCAACGGUGGCUGCUGGAACAAUGGGCUACUUGGCGCCCGAGUAUUUGUUAACCGGAAGGGCGACUGAGAAAACCGACAUUUUCAGCUAUGGCUCGGUGGUGCUAGAGGUGGCGAGUGGGCGAAGGCCAAUUGAAAAAGAGGCUACUGGUGUUGGGAAAGUUGGUGUGAAUAGUAAUUUGGUGGAAUGGGUGUGGAGUUUGCAUAGAGAAGGGCGGCUGUUGGUGGCGGCCGAUCAACGGCUGGGGAAUGCUUUCAACGAGGCUGACAUGACACGGGUGUUGUUGGUCGGGUUGGCAUGUACCCACCCUGAUCCGAUGGCUAGGCCUACAAUGAGGGGGGUGGUCCAAAUGCUAGUAGGAGAGUGUGAAGUUCCAAUUGUCCCAAGAACAAAGCCAACUAUGGGUUUUAGCACAUCACAACUUCUAAUGACAUUGCAGGACAGUGUUUCUGAUUUGAAUGCCAUGAUCACGCUCUCCACAUCCUCGUCAGAAAACAGUUUUGGCGGCAAUGGUGGUUUGGACUUGGUUUGA